GCCACUAGGGGGCGGGUGGGCACUCCUUCUGCUCAUUACCUUGUGCUCUGCAGGUGUGUGUGUUUUGGUCUACUUUGAUGGACUGAAUGACCUCUUGGACAAAAUUGUUCUUUGUUUAUGCUCAAGUUCUGCUCAGCGCAGCAUCUGAGCCCUGAUGUAAGAGCGUGGAAGAGCGAGAGUUGAGACGCUUGUAAAGAAGAGAGGAUAACUUCACACCAGAGGAGAGGGUGGGACUGAAGGGAGAUGGCCGAAGCACCGCAGCAGGAAAAGCAGCAGGAAGAGGAAGAGGAGCAGCUGAGUGAGGAGCAGCUGAGUUCCUCUGGGUCUACAGAUGCUGAUAAUGAGGUGGAGGACCUGAAAGAAGAUGUCCAGACGACCCCGACCAGACCCCUGCUUUCCAUGAGGUCUAUGAGCAUCGUGGAUCCGGAUGACGACUCGCCAAACAUGAUCGUCUACAGAAAAAUCGAAGACAUCGUCACUCUCAUCCAGGAUGAGACAGAGGGUGUUCCCAUCAGGACGGUCAAAAGCUUCAUGACAAAAAUCCCCAGUGUUGUCACAGGUACGGACAUUGUUCAAUGGAUGAUGAAGACCCUGGCCAUCGAAGACCCAGCUGAGGCCAUGCACAUUGGGAGUCUCAUUGCAGCUCAAGGCUACUUCUUUCCCAUCUCUGAUCAUGUCCUCUCCCUGAAGGACGACGGCACUUUCUAUCGUUUCCAGGCACCGUAUUUCUGGCCUUCUAAUUGUUGGGAGCCUGAGAACACAGACUAUGCCAUCUACCUGUGCAAGCGGACCAUGCAGAAUAAGACCAGGCUGGAGCUGGCCGAUUACGAAGCGGAGAACCUCGCUCGGCUCCAGAGAGCCUUUGCCAGGAAGUGGGAGUUCAUCUACAUGCAGGCUGAAGCCCAGGUCAAGAUUGACCGGAAAAAAGAUAAAACCGAGAGGAAGAUCCUUGACAGCCAGGAGAGAGCCUUCUGGGACGUCCACAGACCCGUGCCCGGAUGCGUCAACACUACAGAGAUGGACAUCAGGAAGUGCAGACGCAUGAAGAACCCUCAUAGAGUUAAAAAGUCAGUGUAUGGUUUGGCAGACGAGGGCACACAGUCCCGUAGUCCCAUCCAUACCCCUUCACACCACUCCAGGAAGGGCACCAAGGAGGACGUGGAAAAAGAGAUUUUAUUCCUGAAUGCCCAGCUUGAUCGCCACUGCAUGAAGAUGUCCAAAGUUGCUGAAAGUCUGAUAAGCUACUCUGAGCAGUACAUGGAGUACGACCCUUUUGUGACGCCGCAGGAGCCAUCUAACCCUUGGACCAGCGAUGACCCCUCCUACUGGGAUCUGGAGGCCAGCAAGGAGCCUGGUCAGCAGAGGGUGAAGAAGUGGGGCUUCUCGCUGGAAGAAGCCUUGAAGGACCCAGCUGGACGGGAUCUCUUCAAGUUCUUGGAGUCCGAGUUCAGCUCGGAAAACUUGCGCUUCUGGUUGGCCGUCCAGGACCUGAAGAGGAUUCCACAACAGGAAGUAGCACAAAGAGCGCAGGAAAUCUGGGCCGAGUUUUUGGCAGAAGGAGCACCGAGUUCCAUCAACCUCGACUCUCACAGCUACGAGCUCACCAGCCACAACCUGAAAGAUCCUGGAAGAUACAGCUAUGAGGAUGCACAGGAUCACAUCUACAAGCUGAUGAAGAGCGACAGCUACACCCGCUUCCUGCGCUCCAACGUCUACCAGGACCUGCUGACGGCCAGAAAGAAACUGGAAACAGAACAAGGCAGACGGACCUCCUUGGAGAAGUUCACUCGCAGUGUGGGCAAGUCACUGACUGGCAAACGUCUGACGGGCCUCAUGCAGUCGUCCUGACGACGUCUGGACUCUGAGCUGGAUGGAUCGUUACCCAUGAGCGCUGGAAAAGGAGCGUGGUGUGUGUGUGUUUGUUUGGCAGGCGCAUGAUAACACCCGACUGCUGGACUGGAUCGCCACCGACGCGCUUAAAACUUCUCCCCACUCGAGUGAAAGGCGGCCGACAGCAUGCAAUAAAUCAUCCGAGCUGACACAGGACACUGAGAGGUACAGGAAAGAAAGGUUCCACUCGUGUUUUUAAGGUAGCUUAGCUGCUGAAGCUAGCAUUCAUGAUGUAAACACUGGAAACCACGUCCAUGCUGUAGAUUGAUGUGUUGUGGAUGUGGGCGUCCAUCACCAUGGCGACGGGAUGCUGUGAACGGAACAGCUGGGACGUUGCACACAUGAUUAGGUGAUGUGGGAUGAAUAAUUACGUGUGUUGAUCAUUUUCAUAACAAAUAACGUAAUACUUGAAAUGACAUUCAUCGAUAUAUGUUCCAGUGUGUUGAAAUCUUCCAAACAUUCCACCACUUCAUGCAGCAAAGCUUUGGUUCUAGUGGGACAACACCACUUCUCAUGUAAGACAACGAAAUAAAUGAGGAAUGCACAAAAAAAAAUCGACCAUUAUUAUAAAUAUUUGUUGUAACUUCUUUUCUAUGUAAAAAUCAGUUGAAAACAGGUUUUUAAUAUUCAAUACAUGAGUGCAUAGUUUAAUAUGCAGUUAGUAUUGCAAUACUGCCCUCUAGUGGAGUUUUUGAGCGGCAUUAGCAUUUUCCUUUUUUUGCUGACGUUUUGUAAACAUUGCUAAAACAAAACAUAGAUUCCAAAAAAGAGGAAUUAAUAUUUAAAGGGAGUGAAAGAGUGAUUUUAAUUGACGUAGCACAAGCAGCAUGUAGUUUGAACCCUCAGGAGGACAAAAUCAGACUUUUUUUUAUUUUUUUUCCCCCUCCCAGUAAUUAUUUUUGUGAAGUGAAGUGAAUUAUAUUUAUAUAGCGCUUUUUCUCUAGUGACUCAGAGCGCUUUACAUAGUGAAACCCAAUAUCUAAGUUACAUUCAAACCAGUGUGGGUGGCACUGGGAGCAGGUGGGUAAAGUGUCUUGCCCAAGGAGACAA